AUGAACGGCAUUGAAGACGCUAUGGACGAUCUCGAUAGCGUUGGAUUGGGUCUCUCAGGCGUAUUUAGCCCGUUGGACUAUAAACCACAACACCAGGUGAGGGUCAUCAAUGGCUUUAUACCCACAACCUAUUAUACUAUUCUGACAAUAAUCACGCUUCUCAAGGAGGAUAACGACACCUGGAUUAUUACUAUCCUGGCAGGCGUCUUUGGCAUGGCGGGCGGAAUGCUUACCGGAGCUCUAGGUCGUUUCACCGAGGGAAAUGGGUUUCAAGCCGCCAUAAAUGCUGAUGCAGCGGCGGGAAUGUCGAGUGGACUUACAACUAUCAUCAAUGGCAUGGAAAACGCUUUGAUCACAACGGAAAGCGAUGCGUACGUAUACACAACAAUCCAGGCUCAGUUCGCACGUUCGAUUCGGUUAACAUAUUUGGUAGCGUUGCCCAGGGCCUCCAGAUCUUCAACAACGAAGUAA